AUGCCAUUAAGAGCGAAGCUUGUCGGACAUUUUACCUCCGGGGACAAUGGAGAGGCACGCGUCGCAUCGGCUUCCGGAUCCGCAGCGGAUAGGCGUGCUGGACUGGCAGAGCUGGCGCGAGAUGAAGAGAUCCAUUACAUUGUUGGCGACUGGAUGUCAGAAUAUAACAUGGCUCUUAGGGGUGGCGCGAAAGCCGACAAUCCGUCGAACUCAGCUGAGUAUGAGUCGUCAUUUCUGGAGUCGAUUCAGCCGGCAUUGGGACAUCUUGACACUCGGCGCAUCAAGGUUGCCGUCAACGCUGGGGCGAGUGAUACGAAGAAAUUGCGCGACGUUCUGGUCAAUAUGAUUAAUGAACAAGGUCUGAACUUGAAGGUUGCCUGGAUUGAGGGGGACGAGGUGAUCGACGUAGUUCAGAAGGGAUUGGAAUCAGGGCAUGGGUUUCAAAACCUGACAACUGGCCGAAACAUCAAGGAUUGGAACUACGAGCCUAUCUAUGCCCAAGCUUACCUUGGUUGUUGGGGCAUCGUCGAGGCCUUCCAGCAAGGCGCUGACAUUGUUUUGUGCGGCCGUGUCGCAGAUGCAUCACCUACUGUUGCAUGCGCAGCAUAUCAUCAUGGCUGGACUCGUGUUGACUACUCUCGGCUUGCACACGCACUUGUCGCCGGCCACCUUAUUGAGUGCACCACUUAUAUCACUGGAGGUAACUUUUCAGGGUUCAAUAGCCUUUCCGGAAACUCUGUUGAUCUCGGUUUUCCCAUUGCUGCAAUUGAUAAUACCGGAGAAUUCAGCGUUUAUAAGCAAUCUAAGAAGGAUGGGAUGGUUACACCGGAAACAUGCACAGCGCAGCUGUUGUAUGAGAUUCAGGGGCCUUACUACUACAACUCCGACGUUGUUGCAGUACUCGAUAAAAUAAAAAUGGCUCAAGUUGGGGAGAACAAAGUGCGUGUGUCCAACGUCGGACACAUGAAGCCUCCAUCGACAACCAAGGUUGGCAUAGUUGCCAGAGGUGGAUACCAAGCUGAAGCUCACUAUUUCCUCUGUGGGCUCGACAUCAAAGAGAAAGCUGCUUUGUUUGAAAGACAAAUUCGGCAUGUACUGGAUGAAACGCAAUAUUCUUGUCUCAAGUUCAGCACCAAUGGGUCGUGUCCGGAAAACCCAUCAAAUCAGGAUGCGGCAACAGUUGACCUGCGCAUUUUCGCUCAAUCACGUUCUAAGGAGACACUGUCCCCCUUGAAGUUUCUUAAGCCGAUUGUCGAUAAUAUUAUGCAAAGUUACCCUGGGGCGACGUUUCAUACAGACACACGGCAAGCCUUCCCGAAGGAAUUCUAUGAAUGUUGGGUCAGUAUCAUCCCGCAGACCGCCAUAAAACAUGCCUGUCACCUUCCAUGGAAGGAUCAGCACGUGGAAAUACCUCCUCCGAUGGACACGGCAGCGUUUGUUUACAAGCAACCAACGUACGAAACGAGCGACCCUAUAAACCCUGCGUCUCUCGGACCAGCAAUUAAAGCGCCGCUGGGAUACAUUGUUCACGCAAGGUCCGGCGACAAAGGAUCUGAUAGCAAUGUCGGCUUUUUUGUGCGGGAUUCAGGUGAAUGGGACUGGCUUAGAUCUGUGUUGACCGUCAAUAAGAUUCGAGAACUUUUGGGCGAUGAUGACAAAGGAAAGCCCAUUUUCCGCUUUGAGCUUCCACAUCUCCAUGCUGUUCACUUUCUGCUUAAAGACCACCUCGAUCGUGGUGUGACAUCAAGCUCGUCUUAUGACUUCCUUGGGAAGAACCUGGCAGAGUAUUUACGUUGCAAACACGUUGACGUCCCAGAGAUGUUCUUGGCCCAAGGAAAGAUCUGA